CUAUGAUUUAUUUAUCCACUUGAUGAGUGUUUAUAGCCUUAUAAUAGCAUUGAGUAAUUAAGCGAUUGAACCAAUUUUUAGUUUCCCAAUUUUGCUCCUAAUUGGAUGAAAUUGAGAUUUGGUGACGUGUACACAGUUGGAUUUUUUCUUUUUGGUUAUUAUGAGAUAAUAUGAGUACACAGUUGGCGUUGACCAAAACUGCAAAUGGCUCAUUAAUCAUCUCAUUUACUACUAUAUAUAUAAGUCCUUGAAAUUUAGAGUUUUAUGUGAGAGAGUUCUUUUUUUCAUAUUCUGAAAAGAGAGAUUACUGACAUAAUAGUGAGUAAUAUAAUGGCUGGUGGAGGAUUGGUAGAUGGUGGACCAGGGAAAAGAGCUCAUCUCUAUGAACACAAAUUCACUGCUUAUUUUGCCUUUACCUGUAUUGUUGGUGCUCUUGGUGGCUCUCUUUUUGGUUAUGAUCUUGGUGUUUCAGGUGGUGUGACCUCCAUGGAUGAUUUCUUAAAGGAAUUCUUCCCGGACGUUUACAAAAAGAAGAACGCGCAUUUAAACGAGACUGACUAUUGUAAAUAUGACAACCAAGUGUUGACACUUUUUACAUCAUCUCUUUAUUUCUCGGCAUUGGUUAUGACUUUUUUUGCUUCCUACCUAACAAGAGAGAAGGGAAGAAAGGCCAGUAUCAUAGUAGGAGCUCUUAGCUUUCUUCUUGGAGCUAUUCUCAAUGCAGCUGCACAGAACAUUCCAAUGUUGAUCAUUGGUAGAGUCUUUCUUGGCGGAGGCAUUGGCUUCGGAAAUCAAGCUGUUCCUUUGUAUCUGUCUGAAAUGGCUCCAGCUAGCAGCCGAGGAGCAGUUAACCAACUGUUUCAGUUCACAACCUGUGCUGGAAUUUUAAUUGCAAACUUAGUGAAUUAUUUCACCAACAAAAUCCAUCCUCAUGGUUGGAGAAUAUCACUUGGCUUGGCAGGUAUUCCAGCACUUAUGAUGUUGUUGGGAGGUAUUUUUUGUGCCGAGACACCAAACAGUCUUGUGGAACAAGGAAGAUUGGAUGAAGCAAGAAAAGUGUUGGAGAAAGUUAGAGGCACAAAAAAUAUUGAAGCUGAAUUUGAAGAUCUAAAAGAUGCAAGCGAACUAGCACAAGCAGUGAAGAGUCCAUUUAAGAUACUUCUAAAGAGGAAGUACAGACCUCAACUAAUAAUAGGGGCAUUAGGGAUUCCAGCUUUCCAACAGUUGACAGGAAAUAACUCAAUCCUCUUCUAUGCACCAGUUAUCUUCCAGAGUUUAGGAUUUGGAGCUAAUGCAUCUCUUUUCUCAUCUUUUAUUACCAAUGGAGCUCUCCUUGUUGCUACUGUCAUCUCAAUGUUUUUAGUCGACAAGUUUGGUAGACGAAAAUUCUUCCUAGAAGCUGGUUUUGAAAUGAUAUGCUGCAUGAUUAUUACUGCUGUGGUUUUGGCUGUAGAGUUUGGACAUGGCAAAGAACUUUCAAAAGGCAUAAGUACAUUACUUGUUAUAGUGAUUUUCUUGUUUGUGUUGGCAUAUGGAAGAUCUUGGGGUCCCCUAGGAUGGUUGGUUCCAAGUGAGCUCUUCCCAUUAGAGAUAAGGUCAGCAGCACAAAGUAUUGUGGUUUGCGUAAACAUGAUCUUCACUGCCCUUGUUGCGCAAUUGUUUCUCUUGUCACUUUGUCACCUCAAAUAUGGAAUCUUCUUGCUUUUUGGAUGUUUGAUUGUCGUCAUGAGUUGCUUUGUAUUCUUUCUAUUGCCGGAAACAAAGCAAGUUCCAAUUGAAGAAAUUUAUCUUCUCUUUGAAAACCAUUGGUUUUGGAAGAACAUUAUAAGAGAAGGAAAAGACCAAGAAAAAGGAAAAUUAUAUUUAAAUACUGCUGAGGUGGCAGAAUAAAUGUGAUUGAACAAGUCUAUGUUUUAUUUUAUUUUCUUCUUUUUAAUCAAUUGUUUAUCCAUGCAUUAUAACUAUAGAUAGAUUAUUACAAUGUUUCUUUGGUUAUGUUUAAAUUCUUGAAAUUAUGUCGAAUAAAUUUGUAUUUAUUUGACAAAGUACAGGUUAUUCAAUAUAUCUCUGCUUCUUCACAUUA